AUGCCCGUCGCCGCCAACGGCCUUACACGCCCCCUAAAGAACCCGAUUACCACAUACGAGCUCGAACGCGCGUUUCGUCGCUUACGCAAUGGACGCGCACCGGGCCCGGACUCUACACCUGCCGAGUUACUCAAGUAUGGAUCAGAGCUACUAGCUCAACCCCUCACCAACAUCAUCAAUCACGGACUUGCCACAGGAGACAGCAUCCAUCUGGGCGACGGAAUUCUUCUCGGACUCCCACAACCAAACAUGCCGGCUGGCCAAUUCGCUAGCCUUCGAUCUAUCGUCCUACUCAACAGCAUCCGUAAAGCGAUCUCUUUAGUGGUGCUUCGUCGCAUCUUCCCCAAGGUCGAACGAUUUCUGUCCCCGCACCAAAGCGGGUUCAGACCCAGUCGCAACACUACUGAUACAGUGUGGGCCCACAGGUGGGUAGCAGCACGUGCUCAGAGGUACAGAGAACGAUUCUAUAUUCUUGGAAUCGACCUCUCCCGUACUUUUGACACCGUCAACCGCGACAAACUUCUCCCCGUGCUCGAUCCACUUCUUGAUGAUAAUGAAGUUCGACUGAUCCGACUACUACUACGGACACACUGCUCUCCCUCCGACUCGGCAAUCGCCUGCUCUCACCUUUCGAGAGCAAUACAGGUACUCCCCGAGGUGAUCCACUGUCCCGUGUUCUUUUUGUUGUUUACGUUGAAGCAGCUUUACGAGACCUAUGUCAGCCAGCUCAACGUACCCCACGAUCUCCUCGCUGACAUGAUCGUGUACGCCGACGACGCCGACUUCCUUUUCUCCACGGCGACGCAGAAGACGUCUCCCGUCGUAAGAAUUUAG